AUGGAAAGUGCAGAGACUUUAUUACAAGCGAAAACUCCAAAAAUUGAUCAUAAUCAAAGUCAACAUACACUUAAUAAUGGAAUUAAUAAUGAAAGUAAUAAAAGUGGUGGUACUGAUUUGGAACAAGGGAAAGUCUACAAGUUUCCAAUAAGUCCAUUAAUGAGAUUUUCUGGUCAGUGUGUGACAUAUAAAUUACCAAUUGAAAUAACAUGUUUUAGUUACGAUGGUGAACAUCUACGACAUGGCGAUUUAUCACAAGGAUAUGAAACUUAUAUUAAGAGAGAAAAUAUGGGAUCGGAGCCAAUUCAUCCAUUGUUAGAUUUGUUAAAUAAUAUAAGAAAUACAUCGAACGAUCCAGAUCUCACUAAAAUUGAUUUGAUUUCUUGGAGAGGAAUUUUUACAAAAAUUUUAUGCACACCUUAUAACAAAAAUGAGCCAUGGGAGCUUGGUGCUACUUUAUACAAUAACACUAUUUAUAUAGAAGAACAUGAAACAGAAUAUUCAAAAGAAAAUUCAUCUGGGAAAACCUCAAGACAACAGCUAAUGUCUUAUUGGGGUUACAAAUUUGAAUCUUUGUGCACAGUUACAAAGCCACCUUAUGAAAUAGAUGAUGCUGAAUUAAUCAACAGAAAGACCAAUAUAGUCAACUCUAAUUCAAUAUAUUGUUCUGUAGCAAAAACAUGUCUAGGAAAUCAUAAAAUAAUAAUGGGUGCUGAGAUUGAUUGUCUUUCAGAUCCAAAGCCACCAAAUCCUCAAAAUCCUGUUAGUAAAUAUAUUGAAUUGAAAACAUCUAAAAUGAUUGAAAAUGAUAAAGACAAUUAUACCUUUGAAAGAGAUAAUAAUGGAUUUUUACAGUCCAUACAAGAAUUCAAAACAUUAGAAAUACCCACUAUGGUCAGAACUGAUAUGUGGGAUGCAACAGUAUGCUUGAAUUUUGCUAAUAAGUUUUUUGAAUGGUUGAAAACCGUUGUGAUCAUUGAUAACCCUAGAUCAUCAUACACUAUUAGUUUCGAAAAACCAUUCAGAGAGAUUCAUGUGACAUUUGCAGGUGAAGUGAAUCCAGUGUUGGCUGAUAGACACAUAAAAUCAAACGUUUAA